AUGACCAACGAAUCCGCCGACGCGGCCAUGGACGAGGACGAUGAUGAUGACGAGGAGGAGGAGGACAAGAAGAAGAGGAAGAAGAAGAAGAAGACGACUUUGAGGCCAUCAACACCAACAACAUCAUCAACUCUGGUCGCCGAACCCGCGGUCGCGUCAUUGACUUUGCCAAGGCUGCGCAGGAGAACCCCCGAUGAUGAUGACGAUGACGAGGAGGAUGAUGACUUCCAGGCUCCUGAUGAGGACGUCAAGAUGGAGGGUUAA